AUGGCCGCCUCCGCGAGUGUCGCCCUCCUGCUGGCGCUGGUCUCGUCUUGCGCAGCACCGGCGCUGGGCUUUUGCGAAGUUUGCCACCUGCGGAACGACCACACCAAGGACUUCGCCACACCCUUCGAGCAGCCGGCGGAGGACUUCGUGCACUGCCGGCAGUGGAGGGACAACGCCUGCUGCACCAAGGAUACGGUGGACAACCUCUUCACGCUAUAUGGCGAUGAAGAUAGGUUCGAUCGCUGCGAUGAGGACCCUGACAUUCCGAGGGACAUGAGCCAGAGCUGUCGCGACUUCUUCAUCGCUGAGGACUGCUUCUAUGAGUGCGAUGCCAGUGCUGGUAAAUACCGUAAGCAUGCCAAGUGUGGGAGUGUGGAUGGGGGCAACAGCUGGGAGCUAGAGAGGAUGCCUAUCAAGGCCUCCUUCUGUAACGACUGGUAUGAGGCCUGCAAAGAUGACUACGUCUGCGCAACACCUCAGGAUCCAUCCAUGCUCGGCGUGUCCGACAGGGUCUGUGAGUACUCCCAAGAUGGGGAUGGUAACGAGAUAGGCACCUGCCGCAAGUUCAGCGAUGUGUAUGCCGACGGAAAGGACGUGUGCAACCUGAUGUGGGGAUCAUCCUUCUACUACGAGCCCAAUGAGGACCAGGCAUACACUAUGGACUUUGAAGGGGAGAACCCCAACAAUGCCAUCAACCUGCAUGUGGCCUUUCCAGACCCUUGUCCCUCUCAUGACGUUGCAACUGUGGAGGAGGGGUGCGACGAGCUGCCGAUCCACCCCAAGAUAACCCCCCAUGAUUGUGAAGUCUGCAAGUUGAGGAAUGUUGACAUCGAGGGCGUCGAAUUCACACUGAACAUCUCCCUCUCCGUUGCCGAUUUGGGACCCUGUCAAAAGUACGAAGAGAAUGCAUGCUGUUCUGCAGAGACUGCCUCCCGGAUCGACAGCGAUCUGUAUGGGCCAGACUUUGCAUGGGACCGGUGCUACUUGGAUGGGGAUCGGGGGGAGUUUCCAGAGAAGUGUGGGCGGUGGUUUGUUGAAGAGGGGUGCCUUUACGAGUGUGACGUGAGCGCUGGAAAGUAUCGCCUGUGGAAUGACUGCAGCGACAGUGAGGAAGGGCCGUGGCGCAUAUCCAAAAUGCCGCUCAAGGCCUCAGAGUGUGACCAGUGGUAUGAGGACUGCAAAGACGUCUUCUUCUGCACCUGCUUAACAGAGGAGGACUGCAGGUUCGGCGGCAAGCCCAGGUCCUUCUUCUCGCUCCCCAACUUGACCUGCGCCGGGGACGAGUGCAAGCCUUUCGGACAGAUCUACAAGAAUGGACAGGAGGUGUGUGAGGUGAUGUGGGACGAUUCAUUUGUGUACGAAAGGCACGAGAAGGCCGCGUACUCGCUCGUCUGGGACCCCGAGGAGACGGACGGCAAGAACCCCAACAACAUCGUCAACACUCACGUCGACUUCCCGGACAACUGCGACGGACACGAGGCGGAGAAGGAGUGGUGCGAAACUGGCAGCCAGGACGGCACCGUCAGCACACCUUCCGCCAACGCCGACCUCGACAUCGACAGAUAG